AUGGGCUUACCGAAGAAGCCAGAGAAUAUUGUGAAGCCUAGAAUAGAAAGACGAUCAGCUCCUGUCUACUUGAUGAACAUUUACUCGAAGACUGUUAACAAAAUUAACGCUAAUUACACGUCGUAUGACCCGACUAAUUACGAUUAUCACAAAGUUAAUCAGAGCGACACGUCAAUAAGUUAUAUUGCUCAGCACCACACCGAGAAGAAAGUAAUCCGGCGAAUGUGGUUUGAUGUCUUUCUAAACCACACCCAAGAAUUGUCAUCCGCUGAUCUACGUCUUUAUCGUGACAAUUCUCAGAAAUUGGAUCGUUACCAGGGUCUGCCAUUCAACAUCACAGUCUACAGAGUUUUCAUAAAUGACAGCAUCUAUAAAACGAAAUAUAUUUAUGCUAACUCGCAAAUCGUCGAGGCUGACUAUCAAGGAUGGAUUGUUACCAACAUCACCAGUUGCUUCCAGUGGUGGAUGGACAACCCGGCACUAAACAAUGGCUUGAAAAUCGUGACAAUGCCGGUCUAUGACAACCAAUCUGAUGGAUCUGGGCCCAGUUCCAGUCACAGAGUCAAGCCAGAGGCAAUCGGCAUCGCUGGAUUUUAUGGAGAGCCGGAUAAAUUUGCUUUCGCUGUUGGUUAUUAUAAAGAUUCGAACACCGGAUCGACUACUUGCCGGGAUUGUAGUCCAGUAAUGAGUCUGAGAUAUAAAAGAAGUUUUUAUAGUGACGAAUUGAAUGACAAAGAAAAGCAGGUGGUCAAAGAUCGGGCAGAGCGGUGCCAGUUACGGGACUUGUAUAUUGACUUCAAAGAAAUCGGGUACCAGGACUGGGUCAUUGCGCCGAAUGGAAUCGAUGCUCGGGAUUGUAUUGGCAAGUGCGAGUAUCCUUUGGAUAGUUCUAUGAAUGCUACUGUACAUGGUCAGCUUAAGUCUUUGAUGAAGAUCAACCGAUUUUCGUCUAUUUCCCCGCUAUGCGCGCCGAUAAAAUACUCAGCAUCCAGCGUUUUAUUUUGGUUGGCUGAAGAUAAGGCUGCACAUAAAAUAAUUAAAGAAGUGAGCGCUUCUAUGUGCGGAUGCCGCUAA